AUGGCCGUAAGCCUGACGUAUGGCGGCUCAUGGAGUAUUGCCGAUGACCUUCUCUCCAAGUUGGCUGAAGACAUCGAGACGGGUGAGCAGAUGGAGGCCUUAGGAAGAACACUCGGACUCAGGGUCGCAGACAUCAAUAGAUACACAGAAACCAACAGGAUAGAAGGACGGGUGACUUGUAAGGGAACACGUGCUAUGCUGUUUGACUGGAGACAGACCGUCGUGCCUUGCGACCAGCAUCUCAGACUGAAACAAGCUCUCAUUGACGCUAAGCUGGUCAUGCUUGCUGAUACACAUCUCAAGGGGACACUAAGUGAUCCAGAUAUCUACAGUAAGAAGAUCUCGCCAUCAUUGACUGUUCAGCGAUGCCGCGAAAAGUUGGAGAAUAAGUACCGAAAUCAAUUGUGCAAAAUUCAAAUGAAACCGUGGGAUCAAAGUGAUUUUGCUGAGUUCAAAGAUAUACACCUGGUUGUCACAGUGGUGACGAAGGACGCCCGUGGACAAGACACGAAAAAGAAGGAAAUGCUCAAGGAUUCUAUUGCUGAAAUAUUUUCAACUAAAGUAAAUGGAGAACUGCCAGCUCGAAUCCUCAUUUCGGCCCCUGCUGGACGAGGAAAGACCACGGCUGUUGCUAAGAUGGCUAACGACUGGGUUCACAGAGAAAAGGGAGGGUCUGGAGAGUUUCAUUAG